UGUUGGCAAUUGCAACAAACAAUUCGCGAAAAAUCAUUUGUCAGACUGCUGCAAAACUUAUAAGCAAAAUUAUAAUAGCGACAAGAAAAUACUCAAUCCGAGCCGAGCGUAUAAACAAAGUGAUACAAAAUUUAUAUUAAAUUACGGCUAAAUAAAAAAGGCAGUAAUGUGUUUUAUUCCUAAGUUGUGAAAGCAAACAAUUUGCGGCAUCGGCGGUGUUGUGCUGAAUUGUGGCGUCAAAGGCCGAAAAAACUAACAAAGAAAGUAGAGCAAAUAAGCGGCAAAGUACGCAAUGGCCUUAGCUUCUGCGGGAGAAAAUAAACCACCAAUACUUCAUAUAGUGGUGGUAGGAUUUCAUCAUAAAUUAGGUUGCCAGGUUGAGUUCUCUCAUCCACCACUUAUACCAGGAACAACUGGCAAGAAUGAGUGCCCAUCAGGAUGGAAAUAUUUACCCACUUUGGCGCUGCCCGAUGGCUCACAUAACUUCGCCGAUGAUACGGUUUUCUUCAAUUUACCCAGUCUAACUGAACCAACGGAGAGCGUGUAUGGCGUUUCGUGCUACCGGCAAAUACCAAUUGAGAAAUUGAAAAUUCGUACCGCCGAUAUGACACGCAGUACUGUGCAAAAAUCAAUAGUGAUCCUUGCACGUCUGCCCAUUUACGGUUAUAUAGAGGUGAAAUUGUCUUUGAUCACAGACGCGUUCUUCGAGAAAGGCGAUUUCUCAUGCACUGAGCUACUAAUAAAGGCAUAUGAACAGCUCAAUGCCUGUUUAUUGGACGAUGAAAGCCAGCGACCACUACGUAAUUUUUAUGUGGGCCUAUCGUUGCGAGAGAUCGUACUACAUUGGCGUCACAAAAUGCUUAUACUUUUCAAAUUGUUCCUCUUGCAACGACGUGUUGUGUGCUUUGGUUCACCAGUACGUGGAAUGUGCGUGUUAGUGCUGGGCAUCGCAUCACUAAUACCGCGUCUGCUGGAAAAAGGCUUUCAGGAAGUGGCAUGUGUGCGUACAUCACGACCUUUAUCGCCCAUGCCGGACUUUACAGAUUCCAUACAACAGGAAGCAGCUGAAUUGAAGCGAUGCGAGGAACCACUAAUGGAUACGGUGAAAAGUGCGCAACAAGAAGAAGCAACUACACUAAAUGAAUGUGCUUGUGAAGAAGCCGAUAAUAGUAUCGGCGAUGGUAUUGCUACAGUCACUGACAUAGUAGACGAUUGCACUUUGGUAUCGUCUGCCAUGUCGGCAGCGAGCCAAGCGGCGAGUGAUGACACAUCGACAGCAGCCUCAACCAAUACAUCAUCGCAGUCCACGCGAGAGUUAAACCGUCUGGACUCGUUAGAGGGUGCGUGUGAAGUGGGAAGUAAACGUUUUGGGCGCAGCGAUUCACUAACUCGCGAAGGGAGUGUAGACACCUUGGCAUCCACACUCUGCACUCUGGCUUCAAUAAAUCCAGAUGAGUAUCGUGCGCCUAUUUCGAUUUUCGCCAGCGGAAAUUUAUUCUUGCCAUAUCUCUCGUUGCCAUAUAUGGAUCUUUUAGGUGAUCCGUCUGUACUGAGCUAUGUCAUAGGUACUUCGAAUGUUUUGUUUCAACAAAAGCGCCAACUCGCCGAUGUGCUGGUCGAUGUGGAGAAUGCUAACAUAGAUACACUUGAUGCAGAUCUACGACGUCAACUGGUGUUGAGUACAGAGGAUUUGCGAUUUAUGGACUACAUACUAAAACAUGUGCAAUCGCCUAAAGAAGAUGCUGAGGGCAGUGAGCAUUGGAUACGUGAUCAAUUCCAAGGUUAUAUAUUAGCCUUAUUGCGUACUGCCGUAGCUAAUGAUGUUAUUGCCAAAGACAAUGAACACUUCAAUGCCCAGUUUAUGCAGGCAUUUAAGUGUACGCAAUGUUUUCAGGAAUGGUACGAUGUGCGUCCUGACGCUGAAUUUUUCGACGCCUUGCCCGCCGGUCAUCCCUUUGCUGGGACACUUUCUGUAGCCGAUAUGAAGCUAAAAAUUGCACAAACAAUGCAAAACAGUGAAAGUGGACGUAAAAUCAAUCAGGCCGUAAAUACAACAAGUCGCGUAGUUGGCGUUGCGCUCUCACAGGCGAAAGGGACGUUCUCAACCUGGUGGUCAUCCAUCACCACAGCGCCUACACAAGCCGUCACACCAGCCGUUGGUGGGGGUGGAGAUGCAGACGCUAGCACAGCAACAGCACAACUUCAGGAGCAACAACAACAAGAAAUAUCUGUAACAUUCCAGAAACAUGUAGAUGACCCAGAACGUGUCAAUAUACAUAUUGAGGGUGAAAAGAAAACAACGACCGACAUUGGUAGCAAUACCAGUAGUAGCGGCAGUGAGAAACCUAUUGACAGCGCCGAAGAAUUAGAUGAAGAUGAGAUUGUGUUGAACAAUAAGACGAUGGCUGAAGACAACGCAAAUGAUGCAGACAACAUGAGUGCACAACAACAACAACUGCAACAAGGGAUUGUCGAGAUUGGACGAGAAGCCGACAUAUUAGAUAAACCCAAAGCUGCACCGUUGCCAACGCCUACUUGCGGUACAGAUGUUGCAAAUGAGACACCCAGAGGCAACGGUGAAGUAUUUAUUGUAUGAAUCCGUUAAAAAUUAUAUAAUUUUUUUACUUGUUAUAGUUUUUGUGAAAAGUCUUGGUUACCAUUAAUGAAAUGAAUUUAUUAUUUUCUAAUACAUACGUUAAUGAAUCGCAACGGACAUAGUAUUCACGCCCAAGUAAGCCCUUUUCUUUGGGUUAAUGAGUUAAUGACUGCAAAGCGAACUAUUCUAUCCAUCUUCUAAAAAACGUAAAUUUUUCUGUUAUAAUUGUUCAUCAUAUAGUGCUUCUGGCUAUUAUUUUAUUAUCAUUAUUAUCAUUUAAUAAUUCGUAUAGUUGUAGAAGCCAUGUGCAUGUCUGGGCCAAAGUACUUUUCGAAUUAAUCGAAAUUGGUAGGAUUACUUUGUAAACAUCAACUCGCUGUCUAAUCGCAAAUUGCGUUAACGCUAAAGGCCGGUCAUCAGUUCACCUCAGAUGAAUUAAAGAAAUCGGUUAGCUGCUUAGAUUGCGUAUAUCAGGUAAAUAGUGCUUGAUCUGGCAGAGAAAAACUGACUUCAAGGCUUUCAUCUAGUAUUGCGCCCAAAAGUAUGCAACUUGUAAGCGAACAAAAACCCCUUUGUUUUCAUGACUUUCAGCAGUGACAAUUGUUCGCUUUGGCAUUUAAUUAUAAAAUAUUUUUCAUAUUUAGCAACAAAAUCGGCAUCAUUUAAAAUUUGAACGUAUCUUUCAACACAUUUUCAUCGAUAAUAAGCUCUCAAUCGUCCUUCUCUAGUAUAUAUACAUAAAACUAAUAAUCAAAAAAGUUUUGUAGCUGUUUCAAGUGCAAUUUAAAUUUAAACUUAGAUUGACAAACAAUGACCUUUCAAAGAAAAAUGAAGAUAUAUUGGAGGUUAUGCGCGAAACUGUGUGGCAAUAAUUAAAAACAAAAGUAAAAAAUAUAAGAAACUCGUAAAGGUUUUUUAUGUACUUGUUACAUAUAAAAUUACAUAAAAUAUAUAAAUAAAAAUAAUAAGAAAACAGUAAAGUGGAGACCCUAAUGCUAUGUGCUGAAACUUUGCUUACAUUCGAUGGACUUGAAGACCUAUGGGCACCAGAAGCACACACAAAUUAUUAUGCAGCAAAAUAUCAAGUGUUUAAAUUAAUAUGCAAGUUGAUGUGAUGUGAAUGUGAAGCAAUUACGAAACUACGAAAUUUGCAUUGUUAAAUUAUGUUUCGAAUUUAGACCAUGGAGAUAUAUGUAUGUAUCUGAAUGUAAUAUUAUCUGUAAACCAUAAUAUUAGGUGAAGUAAAAAGUUUCCAACGGUUUUCUCGCUGUAUUUCGGUAAGGAAAUUAACUUAGUUAUAACGCUUGGACUGAAAAGUCCCGGGCUUAACAAAAAAAAACCAAUUGUUUUUGUAGUUCAAAAUAAGCUUUAUGCAUCAAAGUAAUUUCCAUCAAGAACAACGUCAAUCAUUCCUGAGCCCCUCCAACAUUUCAAAAUAGGCCUCAGUUUAAUAGGCCUGCAUUUUUUUUAGGUCUGCGAAUAGCCAGUAGUCGCUGGAAGCUAAAUCUGGCGAAUACGGUGGAUGUGGGUGCAAUUCGAAGUUCAAUUCAUAUAUUUUUGGCAUUGUUUUGAUUGACUUGUGACACGGUGCUUUGUCUUGAUGAAACAAGAGUGUUUUUUUUUUCAUAUACAAACGUUUCCUGACAAUUUCGGCCUUCAGACGCUCCAAUAAUGCUAUGUCAUAUUCAUUGAUAUUUCCCUUCUCAAGAUAGUCGAUGAAAAUUACACCACGCACACCUCAAAAUACCGAGGUCAUAACCUUUCCAGCCGAUUGUUGUGCUUUCGGACUCUUUGGACGAAGUUGCUGUCCACUCGGACGAAGUGAUGGAUCCAUGUCAUCAACACGUUCUAGUUUUUGGUCAACAGUUAGCAAACGUGGCUCUCACUUUGAACAGAGCUUUCUCUUAGUCAAUUGCUCAUGCAAUAUAAAGCCAACACCUUUCUUUUGAUAUCUGUACGAUGUCAGGUGACUCACGCAACUUCACUUUUCGAUUAUUGAAAACGAUUUAGUGCAUUUUUUUGUUUUAUGUUUGGACGUCGACUAAAAUGCAUCAUCGGUGUGUCUACGACCACGUUUGAAGUCAGCAAACCAUCGUUUUAUUGUUGUUUCUGAUGGAGCGGAGUCUCCAUACCACUUUUCAAGGCAUUUCUUCUCUUGAACGGUAUUUUUUCCCAUCAAGAAGCAGUCUAAUUUUAAAACACAAAAAUCUUUUUGAUCCAUUGUUUUGAAAUAACUCACUCAUGAAUAGAAUAUCAUGAAAUUUUAACAGCUGUCUUUUUAAGGGGUUAUAUACAGUUAUAAGG